GUUGGUACAAACAGCCCUUCCGCACGCGCAUUACAUAUAAUACUUGCAGUAUUAUGCAUUGCUAUUAACGCUGCUACGAUGCGGCGAACAGAGCUGCUAGCGCUGCUGUUGGGCGCGCACUUCUUGUUGACAGUGACUGCCAAGCGCGGCCUGCUGGCGAGCUUCAGGCACCAACAAUCGCACACGCCGUCAAGCGAAUUCAACAUCUCGCGGCAGGUUUCGUUCUACCCGCACCCCGCGCACAAUAGGUUUCAGGCACUCGGCGAGAAGUACAACACAGAUAAAGUAGGAAGGAGACAUAAUUAUCAGACAGUCUAUGGACGCGCGUUUGAACAGUGCAACGCCGCAAAGAUUGCGGAAGGCGCGCCCUUCAAGCUGCUGGAGAUAGGCCUGGGCUGCAAUAUGCAGUACGGACCCGGGCACAGCGCGCAGGUGUGGCGCGAAUACAUUCCGCAGGCCGAGGUGUGGUUCGGCGAGUACGAUUACGAGUGUGUGCAGCACUACAAGUCGGACCUGGAGGCGAUGGGUCUGGCGGGCGUGGUGACCGGCGACCAGGCUGACAUAGCGACCCUGGAGUCCUGGGUGUCAAUGACGGGCGGCGGCUUCGACCUGGUGGUGGACGACGGCGGCCACACCAACAUGCAGCUCUACAACAGCUUCGCGGUGUUGUUCGAGAAAGCACUCAAGCCGGGAGGCCUGUACGUUAUGGAGGACAUCAUGACCUGCCGCACGCCCACCUACCGCGACGGCGACGGCCAACACGUCACCCUGGACAUCAUCAAGGACUGGAUGGAUGACCUGGUGAUGUCCCGGCUGCACCGCAAGAACGUCAAGACGCCGCCGGGCGGCCGCGGGUUGGUCUGGCGCCGGCCGCCGCGGCUCAAGUCGGUGGAGUGCGCCACCCACUACUGCGCCUUCACCAAGUGCUUCGACGACGACGACUGGUGCAAUGCAAUCGAGGAGGAGACCCAGCCCCUUGAGCCGCAUGAACCCCGCACGCCCGCCGCCACCUCCAACGCCGCCGGUGCCGGCGCCGGCGCCGACGCCGAUGCCGAUGCUGAAGGCGAUGGCGAGGCGGGCCGAGGCAAGGUGCCAGCGGCUCUGGGUGCUAAGGCCGUUAAGGGCGGGACGCCGGCCCGAGCCGUGAUCUUCAAGCGGGGGGCGGCCGGCGCGGCGGGAGCGGGUGGAGAGGCGGGAGGAGAGGCGGGCGCUGCAGGCGGCGGGGAGGCGGUGGCGAGGCGGCGUAGCAUGCGGCGGCGCGCCGAGGCGCUGGAGGAGGAGGCGGCGGAGACGCAGGCGCGGAGGCUGUUGCAGGCGGCUGUGGCUGCUGAUGGUGCUUUUGAGAUGGCGGAGGUUGACGAGGUUGAGGUGGCAUUGGCAGGCGGCCGCAGGCAGCAGCAGCAGCAGCAGCAGCAGCGGCAGCGGCAGCUGCGGCAGGUGCCGGGGGAGCUCGGUGGCAUCAGCGGCGUGCGCAGCGGAAUGCUGUGGCGCCACCACGGCAUGCGCGGGCGUUGAAUGGCCGACCCGCUGGCUCCCUGCUGUGGCCGACCCAUUUCUUGUCUUCAUGCGUUUUCGUGCCACAUGGCGCAGCCCUCCGAUACGUCUACGGGACAGCGGCAACAGCGCAUGCAGGGUGCUGCGUGUUGCCUGGGGGGCAGGCCUUGGGUUGUGUCGUGCCGUCGUGGUGAAAUUUUAGUUUGUUUUUGCGGCGGAUUACGGGCCAUGUCCCAAAACUGGUUUACGUGUAGCCUUGUAUACGACAAGGGUAUGGGAUCUUGCUUUGGUACUGCGUUUCCUAAAGCAGCAUGCUAAUCACUUAGCUGCAUUGCCAUCUUUCUUACCUGCCGGACAUUAGGGAACAAGCGAAACCGGCGUGCCGCAUGCAGGCCAUGCGAUGCACUCCGUUUGUCAGGUUUCGGUUUUUGCGGAUGAAUCAUCCGCUUUUAUGUUUGCGACGUUACGAGAGGGGCCAUACUGUGUUUACCGUAUGCAACGGGUGUGCGGUGUUGGCACGGCUUGUGUCUGUGGUGUGUUUCAUGGGCGUGUGAUGGUGGCGGGGGUUUGGGUCAUUGGGCGUGCAGCGGAUAGGGAGUGGACUGGUGCGCUGGGAGGUGAAUAAGGUGACGGAGCAGGGGCGCGGAAUGCAACGCCCUAACAGCGGCAUGUUUACACUUUAUGAGGGGGGACAUCGCUGUGUAUAGCAGUCAACAGGGGUACAUUCUUGCGGCGUUCUGUAGCUAUGCUAGAGCCGUGGAACGCCGCUCUAUUCUUUUCAUAUUUAAUGAAAGCUUGUUACAUCACAAGCAAGACGUAGCUUGCUUCAGCUUACAAUAAGAUCAUGGUUCGGGCCUUCGAGGAGUAGCAAUCUGGGACACAUCGCAGUCGGCCCCGGGUGGGGGCAGGUCGGAUGCGCUGGAAGGUGCGGGAGAGAUGCAGAGGGCUCUGCUCCUGCACGGUUCGGCCUGGUUCGGCACGCUUACGCCCCCUGAGGCUCGUGUAAUGCGUAUGCAUA